AAUGGCUUAUGGCGCGAAUCGACUUGGUUCGGCUCCCUGUAUUUCGCAAAUAAAACGUUACUCGCUUCUGAAUUUUAAUGUGAAUUUGAAUCCGCAGAAGUGAAAUUUGAUCGACUCGUCUGUUCAAUUGAACGAUAAAAAAUGGCAAUGCUAGCAGAACCACGUCGUAAACAGAAAUGGACAUUGAAUCCACGAGGCAAACAAUGGAGCGACGACUCAACCAAAUUUGGGCAAAAAAUGUUAGAGAAAAUGGGUUGGUCAAGUGGCAAAGGACUAGGAGCUAACGAGCAGGGAAUGACGGAGCACGUUAAAAUCAGUUACAAGAACGAUCAGUCAGGUAUCGGCUUCAAAGACUCAGGAGAUCAGUGGACCCAGCAUCAAGCAGACUUCAAUAAUUUCCUAUCCCAACUGCAGGAGCAGAAUUCAAUUAGUACCGAAAUAAAUACAGAAGGCGUCGAGUCUUUGGAAUUGAAAUCCAAGCAAAGCAAAGCUCGUGUGCACUACCACAAGUUCACCCGUGGUAAAGACGUCAAGAAGUACAGUUCUAAGGAUCUGGCUAAUAUAUUUGGUAAAAAGGAUCUCAAAGAUACAACGGAGAUCUCGAAACCUGAGAAAGUGGAAGAAGUGACAGAAGAGGUCGCAGGAGCCAAAGAUAACAGGGGUGGUGUUCUGACUAUAAAAGGUGGCAACAUAGACGAGUAUUUUAAAAAUAAGUUGCCUAGUUUUAUGAAGGGAAAAAAUUCAAGCAGUCGUGACAACAGAAAUGAUUCUGAAAGUGAUGAAUGUGAAGCCAAAUUGGGGUUUGGAUACAGUUCUACUAAAGAAAACUGUGAUACUGCUGUUUCUGCACUUGCAUUCACCAACGAGGGGCUGGAUUUGGGCUAUUCCGAGUCAACGAACGACUCAAAAAAGAAGAAAGUAGAUUUUGCUUAUGAUAAUCCAUGCUUGGACCUGCAGAAAAGCAAAAGUAAAGUUGAAAAGAGCCCAGUUGACUGCUCUAAUGAAGGUUUUGUGAACCCUGCAUUAGAUCUGACCGAUCUUACAUCUAAUAAGAGUAACGGGGCAGAAUUUGAGAUCUCACGCGUCGAACUUGGACUAGAUAAUGAUGCGCUUGAUCUGUCCGACGAAAAUAGCAGAAAGAAGCGUGUAACUUUUAACGAAAAAGUUGAGUACAGUACAGAUGUCUGUAAAAAGAAACGAAAGGGCAAAGGAAAAUUGGACAAAUUUGAAGUUGACAACAGUAAGCUGAAAAAGAAGUUAAAGCAAUCUUCUGUGGCGAAUGAAUCUGUUUCCAGUAACGAGUUUGCAGGUUUCAUAAACGAAGCUUUGGACGUUGAAGUGUUCAGCGAGGAAGUGAACGACAAUGAAAUGAACGAAAGGAAAACCAAAAAGUCGAAACGGAAAAAAAAUCGCAGGGCAUCGAAUUUAGAAACAAUUGAAGAAGCUGCCGAUGAAGGUGGUAGUCAACUAGGUGAAUCUGAAAUAGGUGAAGCUGUCUUGCUUGAUGAAGGUAUUCUCAGGAAAAGCAAGAAGUCGAAAAAGAAUUCUAAUGUUGAGGCCAACUCUGAACUAAGCGAGGACACUGGAGAAAUAAAAAAGAAGGAUAAGCGAAAAAAAUAUGCUGAAAACAAGACAAUCGACACUCAUCAGGAAGUCGUUGUUCCAGAAGAGUCUCUGGAUACAACUAAGUCCGAUAAAAAGAAACAGAAGGGGAAACAAGAGGAAGUGGAGAUUACAAUUCACACAGAAAUGUCAAGGAGGAAGAAGAAAAGGAGGCAUAAAAAGGAGAAGAGUGAAGAUAUUGAAAGCGCCAAUGGAGAACAAGAAAACUCUGAUAUUCAGAUAGAAACAAUCGACAUUACCAAUGUAAAAAGAAAGAAUAAAAAGAAGGUAAAACUAAAUGCCGAAGAGGAACAAAACGGCACGGUUGUGACGCUCAAUGGAAACGAUCAAGCCGAUAUUACCAACAACAGUGGUCCCGCGAAAAGAAAAAGUGUUGACGGUGGAAACUUUGCCAAAUCUCCGAAGAGGUGUAAAGUGGAGAAGCCAAGUGCUACAGAGGAUGCAGAAAACUUUGUGCAGAAUAGAGACCUUUCUGUUAAAUCAACACCACCGGCUUUGUGGGACAAGAAAGGUAGUAAGUCAAGAAAAAUAUUCAAAUCACUCUUUGCCAAAGCACCCACUUUGUUAUUCUCAGGGUCGAAUAUCAAUGAAAUGCCAGGUUAUGGCACUGAUUUUGAGGAUAUAAAGCGAUGUGUACAAGAAAAAUGUUAAUUAAUUUAAUAACGUGAAUUAUUGAGAGUUCAGAGGAAGGGGGGGGGGGGAUUAAUUUAUUAUUACCAAUAUUUACAUCAUAGUUUUUUGAAUUUUAAACUAUUCAUGAUUGCUAUUUUCACAGUCAAUUUAAAUCUGUACAUAUUUCGCUGGCACAAGUUUGUUUAUAAUAAUUGAUAAAUCUAAAAACAAAUUUAUCAAAAAUUAAAAUAUAGUAAAGUAUGGAUUCAUCGAUAGAAAUGAAUUAAACUCCUCAUAGGUGAUUGAAAUUACAUACGAGAAUAAGUAUACAAGUGUGAAAAUCGCAACAAGGAAACUAAUGUAUAGUACAAGAUACAGUUCUAAAAUAACAAGUAACAAUUUACUAUGCUAUGUUAUCGUGUAAUCUAACAACGUCUUCAUUAGCCUCGAGUUUUUCGCAUAGUCCAAUGGCUAUUGAUAAUUCACUGUCGCUCAAGUUGACUAGUGUUCGUGGAAUAUAUAGCGCCUCUGCAGAUUUCACUUUGUAAUUCAUAUCCAACAGUCGUUGUUUCACGUUGAACAAUACGUUGGGUUCACAG